GGUGUGCCUAGAUAAUUAGUGAGAUCGUCACGUAGCUUGAAGGUGUAGGUGUAGGUUUUCGGAUUCAAAUGAUGGAUAUUCUACCACUUUCAUUUCUCGACGCUGUGUAUAUUACCAGAGUAGGUAUUGACCAUUCAGAACCUAGGAGAUACGUUAGUUACUAAGCAUUGUCACUUGGCGGAUUCGUCUCACUCUUAAACAAUACCUGGGGUAUUAAGGAUUAAAUACGAAGAGCCAAGUUUUACACAACGCCGAUGUUUCGUAGGCUUCUUCCGUUAAAUUCCGGUACCCCGGACUAGGCUACCAUUAAGCUGCUUUCUGAUUGCAUUAGCACUAUAAAAUUCCAAAACGUACGAGCAACCUAGAGCUGAAUUGGCUAUAGGCUUCAGCUGAAGGAUGCUUAUACGAAUAGAACCACCAGAUUCAUCAUUUUAUAACUUAUAUGUAUAAGACACUAUCGUCUCACAGUCACUUCCUCGAAUAGUGUCUCACAUCUCGAGUUACUUUGAUUCGGAGUUCAUUUCCCUCGGAAUCAAUCAUCUGAAAUGGCGUUCCCAUCAGUAGAAGAAGUAUCCAAGAGCCCAGCAUUCCCCACAGCGAUCUGGAAACUCCAGCCGCACCGAAGUGGCCUCUUACCCGUCGCUGCUAGUCGAGGCGGGCCCCUGAAUAUCAGCUGGGAAGUCCACGGCGAUGGACCUAUCAAGCUUAUCCUCAUAGGAGGCAUCGGCCUCACGAAAGCGGACUGGCAACCGCAGACCCUGUACUUCGGCCACGAGCGCGGGGACAGGUACUCCGUGCUGAUCUUCGAUAACCGCGGCGCGGGCGCCUCCGAUAAGCCGGUGCUGCGGUACAGCACGUCGGAGAUGGCGCGCGAUUUGGUCGAGGUGCUGGAUCAUAUCGGCUGGACCGAAGAGCGCCAGCUUCAUGUCUCCGGCGGUAGUAUGGGCGGCAUGAUCGCCCAAGAACUCGCGGUCCUAGCCCCCCAACGCAUCGCCAGCCUAAACCUGCACAGCACAGCCGCGAAGAUCGAGGCCACGGGCUCGUUCACGGAAAUGACGGGCCGGCUCGGGACCCUGUUCCCCCGCAGUCUCGAAAGCGAGAUCCGCGCCACGGCGAAAGGGUGUUUCCCGCAGUCGUGGCUCGAAGGCGCGGACGAGGCCGAGGUUCCGAGCGCAGCUACGCCGAGGUGUGAAGUGCCGAAGGGAGGGUACGGGAGGUUCGAGAGUAACUAUGCGCGGUUCGCGGCGCAGGAGAUCUGUGUUGGGCGCGGGAAGAACGGGGUUUUGCUGCAGGCUGUGGCGGCGGGGUUUCAUCGGAAGAGCCCGGAGCAGUUGCGGGAUCUGGCGGAUCGGGUUGGGAGAGGCAGGAUUAUGGUUAUGCAUGGGGUGGAGGAUGCGAUGAUUCCCGUGGAUCAUGGCAGGACGCUGGUGCAGUACUUGAUGCCGGGGAAGGCGCUGCUUGUGGAGGGCUUGGGACAUGCGCCGAUUUAUCAGCGGACGAGGUGGUUUAAUGAGGUUUUGGAGGAGAGGUGUGCUGUUGGUGAGAGGUUGAGUGGACGGUGAGGGUGUGGGGUUGGUGUGGAUGGAGCUGAAGACAUAGCGAUGAGUUGGUUGUAUUGAGAUUAUAGUAAAUAUCCCUCUGAUUCGGAUUAUAUUCAGUUGCUCUUGGUACCAUUCUGUGAUAAUUAACUACUAGGUACCUAGGUAGGUAGAUAGGGGUGAUAGGGGUUAAGUAGCGGUGCAAUCUCGUGAGUCCUUACAUCUACGACUAUCCCUCAUGCAAUAUUAACUCCUCGGUUCCUAGCACGAAUCAUCAACUUUGGAACCUUCCAUAAAGAGACCAUCCG